AAAUGAUCAAGUAAUUAUGCGCAAAAUAUAGUCAACUUCAAAUAAUUUAAGUAUUAAAUUAUUUAAAAUGACAUCUUCUGACAUAAAUGGCGAGUUUCUAGCUACCUUCUUAUCCCAGGUGUUUUUAAUUUUUGGUGGUGUGCUACCUUAUAUCCCCCAAUAUUUGGACAUUGCAAGAGGAGAUGCUAGCGGAUUUUCAACACUAGUUUGCCUUGUCCUUGUCCUGGCAAAUACACUGCGGAUAGUUUACUGGUUCGGACAUUCUUUUGACGACGCCUUGCUUGUCCAAAGUGUUAUAAUGUUGCUGACCAUGUUUAUCAUGUUGGACCUGUGUGUCAGAGUGGAACGAUUAAGAAGAAGAUCUUUAUCGCUUCCCAUAACGGAAAGAGUUUUCACGGAUUUCAAGUUGGAAGACUUUUGGGCGUGGACAAAUCUCGCCUCUUACAUUCAAGUGACCAUCUUGAUUGCCACGAUUGCUUCCGCCACAAUUUUUAUAUUUCUCGACAAUUCAAUCGUCGUAGAAGGUAUCGGAUAUGCUGCACUGCUCACAGAAUCAUGCCUGGCACUCCCACAGUUUCUCAAAAAUCAAAGAAAUCGAUCCACCCAAGGAAUGAACGUGCUGAUGGUACUCAUGUGGGCGCUGGGUGAUGCUUUCAAAGAAUUUUUUUAUGUGUGGAAAAAUCAACCUCUACCGUUUAUCCUUUGUGCAAGUAUUCAGCUCCUUAUGGACUUUCUGAUCCUCAUCCAAGUCGUGAUCUUCCAAUGAAGAAAACUUCUGAACGCUAAAUAUGUAUAUAAAAUCUCUUUUAGGCAAACGAAAUUAGUUUAAAUAUUUGUAAAAAUAAAAUUCAGGAUCUCAUAAUGUCUGAACUAUAAUUAAUUGAUGUGGUGUAUAUAAGUUAUGAAUUCCUUAUAUUUACAUAGUAUUUCAGCCAACUGAAUAUUAAAUGGAAAUAUUAAACGUAUGCGUGACCAAUG